GUGUGCUGCUUUAAGUGUCACCUGAUGAUGACACUGCCUGGCAGCGAGCCCUCCGGGGACACCAGGAGGCCGGGGAAGGGGUGCCUAAGAGCAGUCAGAGAAUUUGCUUGAUGCUCUCUUACAAAACACGGAGGCAAGUUCCGAUGCCUUUCCAGAAACCAAACAGUUGCCAGUGAAACUUCCCUCUGGCUUUUCUCUUUGGGCCUCCAGGCUUCCACAGCCCCUGGGUUUCCUAGGCAACCACAGUGUAAACUUGAGAAAAGGCCCGGCCUGGCUAGGGAUUGACAGAGAGCUGAGCCAAUCAGGCUGUGAGUCUGCAGCCCGUAUUCCUGGCCAUCCAAUUGGCAGGGAGAGGGCAGGCCAGGAGGUGUGAGGACAGGUGAGAGGGGGGAGGCGAAGGGGAGGGGAGGGGCCUGUCUUCCAGAUGCAGGAGAGAGCGUCCAUAGUUUCAGUUCCAAGCAACUGGUGGCAACAGGUGAGCAUUUAAGAUGGCGGGGACGGCGCGCCACGACCGGGAGAUGGCCAUCCAGGCCAAGAAGAAGCUCUCCACGGCCACCGACCCCAUCGAGAGGCUCCGGCUGCAGUGCCUGGCGCGGGGCUCUGCGGGCAUCAAAGGGCUGGGCAGAGUGUUUCGAAUCAUGGAUGACAAUAAUAACCGAACUCUUGAUUUCAAAGAAUUCGUGAAAGGGUUGAAUGACUAUGCGGUGGUCAUGGAAAAGGAGGAGGCCGAGGAGCUCUUCCGGAGGUUCGAUAAAGAUGGAAACGGAACCAUCGACUUCAACGAGUUUCUCCUCACCUUGAGACCUCCCAUGUCCAGAGCCAGGAGGGAAGUGAUCAUGCAGGCGUUCCGCAAGCUGGACAAGACUGGAGACGGCGUCAUCACCAUCGAAGACCUCCGCGGGGUGUACAACGUGAAACACCAUCCCAAGUACCAGAACGGAGACUGGUCUGAGGAGCAGGUGUUCCGGAAGUUUCUGGAUAACUUUGACUCCCCCUAUGACAAAGACGGAUUGGUGACCCCCGAGGAGUUCAUGAACUACUACGCCGGCGUGAGCGCAUCCAUCGACACGGACGUGUACUUCAUCGUCAUGAUGAGAACCGCCUGGAAGCUCUGAAUGUUUCCAAAGAAGACUUUCUGAACUAUUACGCUGGUGUUAGUGCUUCUAUCGACACUGAUGCCUAUUUCAUUUUAAUGAUGAGGAAAUCCUGGAGGUUAUGACUUCUGUCUGUUAAUUCCUUUGGAAAUCAGGGACUCUUGAAGAGUGGGAUGAGUUUGGAAGAAGUCCAAUGCUCUGGAUUUUAAUAAGAUGUGAACGAUAGUUUCUGAACGAUCUGAAAUUGUAAAAGCAACGGAUCUCCAGUUAUCUUACUUCAUUACCUGGAACAGGUUCAUUUCCUUAAAUGCCUGAGGAUAUAUUUAUGUGUUUUUAAGUGAUAAAGAAGGAAGAAACGAAGAAGAAAAGAAGAAAGGAAUGAAGGAAGGAAAGGAGAAAGGAAGGAAGGAAAGAAGAUGACCAUUUAGCGGGGCUGGGAGGUAGUUCUUAGGGAACUAAUGCGCUUCUUGUUGUAGCUCUUCCUCUUAUAGGUGUAGCCAUAGCUCCCCCACACCUGCACCUGGCUGACUGUCUUUGGCGUCUGUAGUAGGAGAUGAUAAUGAAAGGACUGGAGGAACGUCUGACUGUAAAAUUUCCUGAGCUCACUUACUUCAAUGUUUCUCUUGGUGAAUACUUUGUGAAUAAAAUUGGUUUUCCUCUAA